GGUUCCACUCCGCGUUAGCUGCGGGGAAAGGAGGACCACAGGGAAUAAGAACCCCGGCGUCCUGUUCUGGCUUGGGCCCGCAUGGAGGGGACCGCGGAGUCCCAGACGCCUGACCUGCGAGACGUGGAGGGCAAGGUGGGCAGGAAGACCCCUGAAGGGCUGCUCCGUGGGCUGCGAGGCGAGUGGGAGCUGGGAACCUCUGACUCCCUGCUCCCGGGGGCGUCUAGCACCGGCCACGGCCUUGGAGACAAGAUCUUGUCGCUAAGGAUGGAGCUGGCUUACCUUCGAGCCAUCGAUGUGAAGAUCCUGCAGCAGCUGGUGACCUUGAAUGAGGGCAUGGAGGCCGUGCGCUGGCUUUUGGAGGAACGGGGGAUGUUGAUCAGCCAUUGCAGUAGCCUCACCAGCAGCCAAUAUAGCCUUACAGGCGGGAGCCCAGGCCGCUCAAGGAGAGGCAGCUGGGAAAGCCUGCCAGAUACCAGCUCCACUGACCGGCUAGACAGUGUCUCUAUUGGCAGCUUCUUGGACACUGUGGCCCCCAGAGAGCUGGAUGAACAGGGCCCCCCUGGGGCCUCCUGUCCUGAGAUGGACUGGGCAAAGCUUAUACCCAGUGAAGAAAGGGCCAGGACUGAGGUGGACCUGACAGCCACCAAGCUAGGGAGCUUGAGGGCUGUGUGGACACCCUCCGAGGAGGGGCUCCAAGGUGAACCACCUGAGCCACUAAAGGAUGAGAGUGCCAAACUGGGUUUUGAGGUCCACUGGUACUGGGGACAGUGCCAAGAUGAUGUGACCUUCUUGUAACAACUUUCCCACCCUUUUGUGCUCUUUUGGCUCUUUCAUCACUUGGCCCUGGUCUUCCUCAAAAUUUAUUCUCCCUCAAUCUGUGGCUAGGAAUAGGCUGCACUGAAAU